CUAUAGCAACACCUGGCAUGUUUACACUGGGCAGAAGGUUUCCUUUAUCGAAUGUCCAGAAUAUACGUAACAUCUUCACCUGGUUCUCGCGCAAGUUUCCUGUCGAAGCGCCGCAAACCACUCUGGUCUUUGUCGAGGAGGUGCGCCGAUUCAUACAAGAAUGCGUUUGCCGUGUCGGUGUGUCUCAAAAAAAGUCGCGCAGCAUAGCCGACUUUCUGUUGGCCGCAGAUUAUCGCGGUGUAAAUGGUUCCGGCCUCAAUCGUCUCGAGAUGUAUCUGAACGACAUCCACAAACGCAACGUAAACAUCGAAGCCGAGCCUUCAGUGAUCAAGGAGACGGCCUCGUUUGCACAUGUCAAUGGAAACAGUGCCUUAGGCGUCACCGUUGGAAACUUUUGCAUUGAUUUGGCCGUGGAGAAGGCGCGUAACGCGGGCAUUGGCUUGGUGGUCGCCAAGCAGUCCCAUCACUUUGGCAUGGCUGCUUGGUAUGUGUCACGGGCUAUGGCCCAUGGCUAUAUCGGGUUAGUUCUGUCUAACGGGCCGCCCCAACUAAUGUCCCCAGGCGUGCAAACGUCCAGCUUGGGCGCCAAUUGCAUUGCAUUCGGAGCCAAAGGUCUGCAUACGCAUUUUCUUCUGGAUAUUGCCAUGAGCGUCAAGGACAUUGGAGCUAUUGAGUGGGCCUAUCUGCUGGGGGAGGGUAUACCUGAUAGUUGGGCGGCUGACAAGAGGGGACUACCCACGUCCGUGGCUGACGUGGCCAUUUGUGCCCAGCGCUUGUUUCCAGCUGGCGAACACAAGGGCUAUUGUAUGGCCGCCAUGAUCGACCUGUUGUGUGGAGUCAUGUCUGGCGCCGGGUACUCCACACACAUACCAUCUUCGUGGUCCGACAGCAAGAGCACCAAUUCGAAUUUGGGUCAAAUUUAUAUUGCCAUUGAUCCGCAGUUCUUUUUGCCAGACUUCGAGGAGCGUUUGGAGGACUUCAACCAAACCAUUAAGUACAGCUGUCCAAUCGACGAACUGGAUCCAGUAAAGAUACCCGGCGACAUAGAGAAGCAGCAUAUGCAAUAUGUUCGAGAUCUGCGUGCGCUGCCAUAUCCGAACGCCCUGCUUAUGAAGUAUCAGGUUAUAGCGGACUUAUUGUGUGUAAAACCCAUUCAGGUAGCAUUCAACUACCCCGAAAAGACGAAGCAUUAUUCGGAGUAAACCAAUACGUAUAACA